AUGGCGACUUCUACAGAUAUGAAAGGAAAUGUGGUGAAAAUGGAAGUGGACUACAGUGAUACUGUAGACAAAAGAAUACCAGAAUGCGAAGCAUUAGCUGCUGUAAGUUAGAACUGGUUUUUAGUGGUUUUUCUUCUUGAGAAAAAUGGCUUUAACUUAACACGUGCCGGUCAAGUAACGAACUAUGUACGAGAACCGGUUUAUUUCUUUUAAUUUAGAUCCUUUAAGCUUCUUUUAUAAGGAAAAAUAUACAGAUCAAAGCUUUAUUAAUAUUAUUCCUGUUGCUCGCUAGGAUGGUAAACUCAGUGAUGCUCUGGACAUUCUUCUUUCUUUGGAAAAACAGACUAGGACGGUGAGUGGUAUUGCUAAAUUAAAAGUAGCAUGUCAUGCAUGUUAUAAACUUAAGUUGUGGAUUGAUUAGAUAUUUCCUGGACCUUUACAAUAAUAUUAACUACCCUUGGUGCCAGAGUCUUUUCAUACGCAGUUUCAGGCUUUGUCAAGUCUUUAUUUUGACCCGCACGAAAAGACCCAGGGCAAGACAGCCAUUCCUUUGAUAUUAUAUUAGGUCAAUCCCACUUGCAAAACAUCUAGUAUCUGUUUUUUUUUUUUCACUGAUUAGUGGGAUGUUUCAAGCGCUGUGUAUGGGUGAGAACCACGAUGGGUGCGUGAUUGGAAGGCUGGUAGUUUGGAGGUGACAAAGAUCAAAUCCAGACACAAAAGACUUUCCUCAUUUAUACGGGGUCCUGCAUGUUUAAUAAUUAUGCUUUCUUACCCAGGAAAGGUUUACAAACAAAAGAUUCGGCUUAGGGGAUAACCAAAGUUAUUGAAACAUUCAUUGGGGUCGAGAAAGUAAACAUGCAAAAAAUAGAGGGCAUUACAAGCUUAGUUGUAUUUCGCUCACUUGAUCAGAAACAUGUCCUAGUACAAAAUUUUUGGCCAACCAAUGUGUUGUCAUCCUCAACUGUGAAAAGUUCUCUGUACUCUUACUAACUUACACAUUACACUGUGAUAACAUCCAUUCACCUAAAACUGAGAUCCACAUACAUGUACUCUAUAUGAAGAGACCGAAACAUGGAACCUUGUUCACUNUUGGUGCCAGAGUCUUUUCAUACGCAGUUUCAGGCUUUGUCAAGUCUUUAUUUUGACCCGCACGAAAAGACCCAGGGCAAGACAGCCAUUCCUUUGAUAUUAUAUUAGGUCAAUCCCACUUGCAAAACAUCUAGUAUCUGUUUUUUUUUUCGCUGAUUAGUGGGAUGUUUCAAGCGCUGUGUUUGGGUGAGAACCACGAUGGGUGCGUGAUUGGAAGGCUGGUAGUUUGGAGGUGACAAAGAUCAAAUCCAGACACAAAAGACUUUCAUCAUUUAUACGGGGUCCUGCAUGUUUAAUAAUUAUGCUUUCUUACCCAGGAAAGGUUUACAAACAAAAAAUUUGGAUUAGGGGAUAACCAAAGUUAUUGAAACAUUCAUUGGGGUUGAGAAAGUAAACAUGCAAAAAAUAGAGGGCAUUACAAGCUUAGUUGUAUUUUGCUCACUUGAUCAGAAACAUGUCCUAGUACAAAAUUUUUGGCCAACCAAUGUGUUGUCAUCCUCAACUGUGAAAAGUUCUCUGUACUCUUACUAACUUACACAUUACACUGUGAUAACAUCCAUUCACCUAAAACUGAGAUCCACAUACAUGUACUCUAUAUGAAGAGACCGAAACAUGGAACCUUGUUCACUGGAGUUGCUUUGACUGUUUUGGAAAGAGACAGCUCCAAAGUGAUAGCUGUGACACAGCUACUGUAAUUUAAGGGCGCUUUCAGGAAAUUCUUUAAAUUACGGUUGGGAUUUUUAUGGAAUACACAUUUUUUACAGGGUGUUUCUCUGUCCAAAGAAUAGUUUAGUUAACUGAUUCUUGCCUCACUAGAGCUUUAACUAUAGCCAUUGCCAUUCAAUUCCUAAACAUUAGUAAUUCUCUGGUCUUAUGGGUGCUUUACAGAGGGAGAGGGAUGGAGGAUAGGUAACUGGACCACUUUAACCCUUUCCCUAGAUCUGGUACUAUUAGUCUUGGCUGGGGUUGGGUUGCAAUAUGCAGCUGAAGGCUAACAUUGCAGUGUUCAAACAUUAUACCUCUAGUGGCCUAGAAGGAAAUAGAGUAUCAUCUGCUUUCUGGUUUGAUUUCCCUAUGUUUACAACCUAUUGUCAUAUCAUGAGACUUUGUAACUUGCUCCUGCUUUCUUGUUUUUCAUGCCUUUCAGGUCAUUUUGCAUUAAUAAAUUUGUAACAUUUUAUUUUCAAUAGCAAUAGCCUUAGUAGGUCAGUCAUGGGUUAACUGAACUACAUUGUUCUUAGUCUUUGCUUGUCUCAUUUUAGUUUGGGUAAAAUCAAUAAGCUCCUUUAAUUAUUGUGACUUGAGCAAAAAACCUGAAAUCAAAACUAUGUGUGAACUUGAACCCAUGUAUGUAAGAUUAAUGAAUAAAAUUAUAAAUAAAUAUUGUUAUUUUUAAGUGAAGCUUAAAUGACACCCUAUUGAGUUGAGCUUAGGAAUACCCUGUAUGUUUAUCAUAUGACAUGCCUAAUUUUGUUAGAUUAAUGUGAUAAUGUGUAAAGUGAAGCUUAAAUGAGACCCUAUUGAGUUGAGCUUAGGAAUACCCUGUGGAUUUAUCAUUUGACAUGCCUAGUUUUUGUGGGAUUAAUGUGAUUUCAUUUGCCCCUUCCACCUUAAGGCUGCUGAUAUGCAUUCUACAAGCCGUGUGUUGGUGUGCAUUGUUCAACUCUGUUUUAAGAAUAAAGACUGGAAUGCACUUAAUGAACACAUUGUUAUCUUGACAAAGAGAAGGAGCCAGUUAAAACAGGUAUGAGGAAUGGUGCUCUGCACAGAUGAUGUCCCAGACUUUUUAUUUCCCAGACAAAAAAAAAAUGAUCCUAUUGUAAUCUGUGCAAAAAUUUUGUACGGGAAAGUCAUGACAUGGCUGCAAUUUAUUCUACCUAAUCUUUGGGGAGCAUUUUGCAUUUUUCAAUGAGAUGUUCAUAACAUUAUUUGGGAAAAUGAUCAGAAUGUCAAUAACUGUAUAAAGUAGUGAUCGGCUUCACUGUUCUACAUUUAGUUAACAGAUGGGUCUUGGAUCCCAUAGUGAAGGCUACUUGAUCUGACAAUGAAGUAGAAAAUUUUGCUUUAUGUUAUGAAAAUGAAAAAAAGGACAUGGUUAGUUUCCCUGAAAUAAGAAAUACAUCAUUUUAACAAACCAUGUUGGUAAAACAAAAAAGUGGCUCAUGAUCCACAGGCAUACCUAGUUUGUAGAGGUAUUAUUCAUUUCUUUCAGUGAAAAUUGAACUGUCGUGUGUAGCUAAUAUCAGAGCUAGAUCAGUGAACUCCAACUUUUGGAUUUCGUUAGCCUAGGUUCUCCUGUUUUAUCAAAUACAAUAAGUUUAUUUUGGCUAAUUUUUUAUCAGCUCUCUGCUCUCUCCUUAAAAUGUACCGAUAACUCCUUUUUUCAGAAGUUGUUCUUGUGCCCAAAACUUUUCCUACUCAUAUAAAGCCACUGAAUGGACCAUGUAAGUUUUGUCUGAGUAACCAGGGGAGUCUAACCAACAAGUGACUAUAUCUCUGCUUCCCCACCAAUAACGUUAUAUUUCUGAUAAUGUCCUUUCAGGCUGUAACAAAAAUGAUUCAAGAGGCAUUCAGCUAUGUAGAACAGACUCCAGACCUGGAAACCAAACUGAAGCUGAUAGAUACACUCAGGACAGUCACAGCUGGAAAGGUACAAACAAAUCUUGGCGAUUUUGAUAGUAGUACUACAUUACAGUCGACUCCUGAUAACUCGAACCCUUGCUAACUUGAACCUCGCUCUAACUCAAACCAAAAUUGAUUUCCCGUGGAUUUCCUUCUUACAUUUUCUAUAAUUUACGCCUGGUAACUCAAACCUCCUGCUAACUUUAAGAAAUUUUUGUUUCCCAUCAGAUCAUUUCCAUAUAAAUGUACCCUUGUUACUUUAAGCACCUCCCAAUAACUCAAACCUUCUAGGAGUUAUCAGGAGUUCGAAGCAAAUGACCAGAAAUAGGAAAAUGGGAUAGGGAACGAAUGCAAGUAACAUACACACUUCAAAUCUUGAUAAAUACACAGUGCUGGACACUGUAUUUAAACUGGACUGGCAAAAAAGUAGAGACAUACAUGUUUGUAGAAUACAUGCUUUCAAUAUAACAUAAUGUUUCAGACUGCAGAACACUUUUUUUCAACUUUUUUUCAAUUUUUUUUUAUUUAUUAUUGAAACUUAUUGGUAAGACAUGUCCCUAUGGGGAUUUUGCAGUCACACGUAUAGUAUGCUUUACAGCUACAGUAAAACCUGUAUUAAAUGGACCCCCCAUCAAGCAGUCACCCUAUAAAAGGCAGACACUAGCAGCAAAAAUUCACUUACUUUCGGUUGCAUAUGUUGGUAAAACAAACCAGCCUUGAGAGUACACCUCUAUUAGGUAGUCACUAUGGAGGUUCCUGUGGGUGUCUUCACGAUACAUGUUUCACUGUAUGUGUUGCUUAACAAGUCAUUUUUAUGGCACAUGUAGAUAUAUGUUGAGAUAGAGAGGGCUCGUUUGACAAGAAUGCUAGCUAAAAUCAAGGAAGACCAAGGUGACAUAGCAGGUAGUUAAUUACACCAUCUUUUCUUUCAAGUUGUUUAUUCUUUUCCUUGUUAUUGGACCAUAACUAUAUCUUUGCUGAGAGCAAAGUAAGUUACACUGUGAAGCAACAGUGUUUACUUAAAUACUUUAUGGAACUUAUCUCAGUUUACAUUUUACCCUUUCUCAAUGAAACAGCAGCGCUCAAAAACCCUUAUACAUAGGUGAAACAAACCUAAAGUAAAGUAUUCACUCUAGUGUGCUGUAAUAUUUUUUCACAGACAAAAAGAACAGAUUUAUGAGACAAUUACUUCCAAGAAUCUCCCUUGCUAACUGUUUCAUUUGUUUUCUUUCAGAGGCAGCCACCAUUCUUCAGGAACUUCAGGUAAGAUAUCACAAUCCUUGUGCUCCAAACGUCUCUGUCUCUUAGUGCAUUUACCAAUAGUCCACACUAGCCAGGCAGGUGGAUAAUUUUGAAGAUGAAAAAUGCUUUUUUCAAAAGUUUUUGCUAGAAACCCAUUGCUGCCCUGCAUACCAUUUAGGAAUAAACUGAUGUGACCAGCAUUCCUGACUAAUAGUGGAACUCUCUUUACGACUGGACUUGUGUAGCCGGUCAGUUCUGACUAGUGGUCAGCACCUCUUCACCCCUGUUCAGACUAGGUCCUGUGUCCAACUCUCGGGUACUAGCACUAGUAUGGUCUCUUUGGAGAGGUUUUGCAGACAGACUUGGAAAGAAGGUCCAUAUUAAAAAAUAUGCUGGUUCUGCUCUUAAUGUAGACGGUUUUUGCUUGAACAGGUUGAGACAUAUGGCUCAAUGGAAAGACGGGAAAAGGUGGAAUUCAUUUUGGAGCAAAUGAGACUGUGUCUGGCAAAGAAGGACUACAUUAGAACACAGAUUAUAAGCAAGAAGAUCAGCCCAAAGGUCUUUGAGAACAACCAAGAGCAGGUAACUUGUUAUUAAUAGAAUAUUUAAAGGUCAUUUACAUGUCUUUUCAAUUACAUUAUGUGAGGAUAAGAAAUUCACGCAUACACUGCAAAACAUUUUUUUAACCUCAUCGACUAGGUGAAUGCCUUUUUUCCAUAUUUGGCGGAAAAUUCUUGCAUCUUGUUUUUGCUUUACUUCAUACUGCUUCUGAAGCCUUCUGUAGUGUUUGAAACUGUACUUGUUCUUUGUUGAUUUUCUUGAUCUUCCAUUUCCUUCUUACAAAUUUUGGGCAGUGACCUUAUCUGAAAGAAAACUAUCCAAGGAUCUAUGCUUCUGAUUUGUGUAAUGAAUAGGUUGCACAAAUGAGCCACUUUUGAAAGAAAACAAAACAAACACAGCAACGAGCAAGAUGGUAGUUAUUAAGGUUGUGUUUACAUGUAGAUCUCCCCAAGAAACAAAGGCAUGGUUACCUUGAAUUCUGUGAAAUACUUAUUUUUCGUGUUCUUUGAUUAUUUUGCAAGCAUAUCUUAAAUUAGAACGACAAAUUGUUGGGGAUAAAAAACAAUCUUAUGCAGAAAAGUAAAACAUCAGCCUUCUAUAAACUGACAAUACUUAAUUUAAAGGAACUUUCUACUAACCAUGUCUGGUUACUUGGGCACAUUUUUAACAAAACAUUGGAAACUACUAACCAUUGGUUGACAGGUUACUGUUAAUUUUGAACCUUGCAAUAAUCGUUCAUUUUAUAUUGAGCGUACAAUUUACUGAAAAAGGGUCAAAUUGAAAAAAUGAACCUAGCUGUGAACAUGAGUCUUUCUUCAGACAGAGUAGUUGUUAGGGAGUAUAUCCCCUUGAACAGAAUCAUCAUACAGCUGUAGUUUCUACAGACAUCAUGUACCUCAACUGUAAUUGGAUGAUAAGUGACCACACAAUGACCGUUCAAAUGUACAGGUGUAUGCUUCAACUGACAGCUUGUCAUGACAUUUGAGUCCAUGUUGUUUAUUUUUGCCCAUUACAUGCUUAUAAGUAAAGUUAAGGCAGAAGUUAUUUCUUAUUGACAAAUUCCUUCUUCAUGACAAACAAAUGUGUCUUCCAGGCACUAUGAUUCAAGCUUACAGAUAAUAAGGAUAAACUUUCUGAAUUCCUCAAUUACUCACAGAUAUAGUAGGUUACUGAAACCACAGAAAGUAAGAGAAUUCAUCAUUUAUACAUAGUGGGAGAUAAGAAACUCUUUGACUAGUAUUUUUCCUGUUUCAGGAUUUAAAAUUAAAGUUUUAUCAGUUAAUGAUAGAGGUGGCUCGGCAUGAUGGUAGCUAUCUGGAUAUCUGUAAAUAUUACAGAGCCAUGUUUGACACACCAUCUGUUUUGGAGGACAAAGCCCAGAAACAUGAGGUGAGGAUGAAAAAUGACAUUUCUGUGUCAUUAUCUUUUUGUUAUUAUUUAAGAAUCAUAAGGUUAAAAGGGCCUAAUUUUCAAUUUUUAUUUAAAUACAUGUACAAAUAAAUAUUACUCCAAAUAAUAUUAUUAACAGGCUCUUAUUUGACUUAGGCAGCUGCUACAUACAAAAUAUUGAGUGAGUGGGCUUUAGAUGAAUGUCUCUGCUGGAUUGAACUCUGGAAGUGUGUACUGAUGCUUACAAACUCAAAACUCAUUUUUGUUUGUUUGGUUAUUUUUCUGCAGGUUUUAAAGAAUGCAGUACUGUUUCUCAUCCUUGCUCCUUAUGAUAAUGAACAGUCUGACCUUAUUCACCGUGUCGGUGAGGAGAAAACGUUAGAUGAGAUCCCUCUUUACAGGUACAUGAAUACCAAUAAUAUACCAACAACACCAACUUGAUAUAAGUUCUCUAACUUACAUCUGUGCUAUAAUUUCGGUAAAGUUCAGUGUGUAUAAUAUUUUAAUUUUCCCCUAAUAAUCAAGCAGCUUGCCCAAUGUCUGGUUCUGUGAAUGAAGAGCUGUUAGCUUUGAUUUUCUUCAGUCAGUAUUAUUUCCUAAUUGAAGGGAUAUUUUGUCCAGAAAGAAGCACAAAGUAUAAAAAAAAUCUUGCACAACACUUCACAACAUGUUCUUGCAACAUGACAAUGAAGGGAUAUGUGGAGUAAAGCAUCAGUUGGCUUCUGAUAAAGUGACAAAUUCUCUUUACAGUUUGCCAAGUGUGCAUUCUUGUGAAUCAAGAGGAGAAUGUGGUAUUAGAUCAGGUGCCACUUGGGGUCAUGGACAGUGUCCAGUCAAAAAUUAGCUUGAGAAAACAGCCAACAUUUUGGGAUGCCACUACUGAUUUCCACGUGAUAUGACAUCUGAGAAAUGUGCAAAGAAAUUCCAUACUGAUGACGCAUCACUGCUCAGAUCUGGAUGGUAAUGCUUCAUCAGUAUGGAAUUUGUGCCCUUGUCUCUCAGAUGUCAUUUCAAGGGGAAACCAGUGGUGACAUCGCUAAAUGUUGGCCAGUUAAAAAUAGACAUUGAUUUUGUCUGGUCAUUUACUCAUCUGAUAAAAAAAAUAAUUCAAAACUUCAGAUUUUAAUUGCAGUUAAGGUUGGAUAUUUUUGGCAUUUGUCAAGAAAAAAGGGAAAAGAAAGAUAACACCAGAUCAAGAUCUUUGAUAAAAUAAAUGAUUUAAUGCAAAGCUUCCUUUAAAAUUUGCCUGCCUUAAAAGGACUUUUGUGUUAGCAAAAGUAGGUUUGACUAGACAACCUGAUCAGCCCCAUCCACUAAAUUAUUUCAAGCUCUGCCCUUUGAAUGAGACUUGAUGUUUUUUUUGUUUUUUCAUGUUUUUUUAAACUUUGGGAAUACUGUGUUAAAAUAUACAAUAAUACUGCAUAGUCCAACGUAGCUUUCGUUAUUAAAAUAUGACAAUAUUAAUUGGUCUCAAUCCUUCUGUUAGGGAUCUUCUUAAGUGCUUUACCACUGCUGAGCUGAUGCGCUGGUCCUACAUUAAAGAGCUGUAUGAGUCUGAAUUGAGAACAAGCACUUCUGCUACCGGCGUGUUUGAACCAGCAACUGAUGAAGGCAAUAAGCGCUGGGAAGACUUGAGAAAAAGGGUUGUGGAACAUGUGAGUUUUUAAGUACAUGUGCUUGCAAAUGGUGUUAAUCAUAAUCCACUUUAAAGUUACCACGUACCUUCAGGAGUGUCUCGAGUCCAAAAUUAAUGAUGUAGCUUACAUGUAUUCUGAUUAAACUGCAAAUAUCUAAAAUCAUAUUGCAUUAGUGUAUUUGAAAUUGCCUUAUUAAUAAUGUAAUGGAAAGUUACAAAACAUCUGAAAAUUAGGAUUUUAAUAGUUAAGUGACCUUGCAGAAAUACCUCUCACAACAAAAAUGUGUUGAGAAAAAAAAUCCCACAACCUUCUUGGUGUUUAAAUGUACAUGAUACACUAACAUUAACUUCCUUCCAAAUUUUACUGCAAUAAUAAUAUUGAGAAACGACAUGUAUAAGCCCAACUUUCCUAACUACCACAUACACAUAAACUCUUAGGGAUGGAAAUUUGACUAUGGUUUUCCUGAACUUGUCAUGCCUUCCUACCCCUUCCUUAAACUUAACAUUUUUUCAUUGGUAGUUUCAUAAUAAUAAACCAGAAAACCAUACAAACUUUAUUUAGAGAGGGUCAGUACACUUGACAGUUUAAAGAACUGAUUAAUCUGUGGCUCUCAUAAUGUCCCCAACUAAUAGACCUUUUUACGGAUACGGCGGCCAUAUUAAAUUAUUCAAUAUGGCCGCCGUAUCGGUCAAUUAAUUAUUAAUUCAAUUUAAGGAGUAUUAUAGGAUGCCCAGGGGGGCAUGAGCACAUUUCGUUUGUAUUUUCAAGUGCAUUUCGGGACUUUUUAAGUUUACUUAGAAUAAGAUUGUAAUUGGAAAAAAGAUCCUUGUGCCUUGUUUGGAUGUAAUAAUGAUCGCCUUUUUCUAGUUUAGUAUUAGAAAUAUGGUCUUUCACUGUGUAUUUCUUGGGAAAAAUUCAAUAUGGCUGCCGUAUCGGUAAAAAGGUCUAUUGCAGACACUUACUAAAUUGAAUUUGAAUUAUUUUGGAAAAGUUGAUUUAUGAAGUCAGGAGUCAAUACUGGGAACUGAACCUGGAUUACCUUGAAGGGAGGCAAGUGCUCUCCCCACUAGGCCAUGCUUUCUCCCCAAAUGAAUCUGUUGUAAAGCUCUUAGAUUCAUGUAAAUCCUUACGUUUUACUCAGAAAUUUUCAUUGAUUUCUUUCCAGAACAUCAGAGUAAUGGCUAAAUACUACACUAGAAUAACUUUGAAAAGGAUGAGCCAGUUGCUGGAUCUCAGUGUAGAUGUAAGUUUAUACCUACAAUUUCACAUUAUAUUUUCUCCUUCUCAGUACUCGAAAUAUUGAAAGUGAUGCUAGAUUAUUGAAUGUGAAUUUCAGAUUUUGUCAUGCUUCUGUGAACUCAUCCAGAGGUCUGACUAUGAGCAAGGGUCCCUGAGAGUUCACAAGACUUCAAUCUCUUUGAAGUUUUGUUUUGACAAGACUGUUAUUUACAAAAGAAUGGGCAGAUUCUGUUGCCUUGUUCUCAAAAGAAAAGCACGAUGAAGUAAAUUAUAUGAAAGCAAAUGUAGCCAAAAACACUUAGUACAGGACCAAUUAAAAAUGCGUUGAAAAUGAGGGGAGCUGUAUAACAAACCAAAUUUCUAAGGUUAAUUGAAUUUAAGUCAACUGUCUGCAGUCUUGUCCCCUAAUAUUUUUUUUUGCAUUCUUACAUUAUCAGGAGACUGAGCUGUUCCUUUCUGAGCUAGUGGUAUCCAAAACAGUGUUUGCAAGAAUUGACCGACCUGCUGGCAUUGUCAGUUUCAGUGCCCACAAAGAAUCUAAUGAAAUUCUAAACGAGUGGUCACACAAUCUUAACACUCUAAUGCAACUUUUAAAUCGUACAACCCAUCUCAUUACCAAGGAGGAGAUGGUGCACAAACUUGUACAAAUGUAGCUUCUUUCC